AGCGGCGCGCCAUGUAGUGGAGUGUGCAGUGUGCUCGGUAGUAGCCCGGCUCCGGAGCGGCGACCGGCGUGUAUGUGUCAUCGCAGGGCGUAGCGAGUGUCCGGAUGUAGGGCUGCGAGUGCGCCGUUGUUUACAAUGCUGUGCGGCGGCGCGGCGCACCGAUAUAGCGUGGCGCAGUAAACACGCCGCGCGCGCCUCAAUGAGGACGCGCUAUAAAUACUCUGCCGCCCGCGCCGCGCCCGCGCGCCGACCCUCACCUACUACCCUCCAAACGCUGUUUAUUUUCGCGUCAUCGCUGCAGCCGUGUCUUCCGCGCCAGCUGCUCGCUCUGUACUCCCCGCCAUGGACCACCGGCCCACUACUACUCCGCUUCAUUCAAUACACCUAACGAACUCCCGCGCGCCGAGACCAUGUCAUUACAUGAAUGUAACAGGUCGAUGCAGACCUACGUAAUGUAUAACUUUCUUUAAACGUUGCUCCACACGUCCACACCACAUCUCCCGUGUCGUGGGUGCGUUUACCAACAUACAAUUUCAUAUGUACUUGCCCUUCACACCCAGACUCGGAAAAACAAUUUAGCACCCGAAGAAUGGGUAUUUAGUACAUUGUGUAUAUACGUGGACAAUGAUUCCAAUGUAGGUAUAGGUACGUAGGAUAAAAAUAAUUGAUGGAAAAAUAUUAAUUACCAUAACGCAGUUACUUACCAUUUUACUUGUACAAAACAAAUAGUUUACUCCUAUAUGGAUAGUACACAGUGAACAGUGAGAAUGUGUCAGGAGUGAGUGUACAAGACACGACGACGUUAGCCAGGCGCAGGGCAGAGCAGGGCGUCGCCCGCUGCGACUACAUACACCGGCAGUACGUCUCGGGCGGGCACGGGGCACCGCGCCGCACUCUACGUGUAGGUGCGCGCUGGCCCUCUCACGGGCCCUCCGGAGGACAUGUUGCCGCAGUGUGCGGCACGCGCACGCGUACCGCCCAAGGAUCGUGCGAGAUGUUCACAUGGCGAUGCGCUAUGAUGUGCAGUCUGGCAGCGCUGGCGCGCGGCUGCCGGCCCGCCGCCGCCGCCGCCAAGCCCUGCUGCCUGUGCUGGUGCUGCUGCUGCUCGUGCUCCUGGGCUAAAUGCCUGGCGGUGCGCGGCUCGGAGGGCGGGCCCGGCAAGAAGCCGGGCGACGCCGGCCCCACGGAGCCGCCGCUCAGCGACGGAGACGCGCCGCCCACGUUAGAGGAGAUCCAGAGCUGGGGCCAGUCGUUCGACCGCCUCAUGCGCAGCGCUGCCGGACGGAAAGUGUUUCGCGACUUCCUACGCGGCGAGUACUCCGAGGAGAACAUAAUGUUUUGGCUCGCGUGUGAAGAGCUCAAGCGCGAGACAGACCCCGACGCCGUCGAGGAGAAGGCGCGCUUCAUCUACGAGGACUACAUCUCCAUCUUGUCGCCCAAGGAGGUGUCGCUGGACUCGCGCGUGCGGGAGAUCGUGAACCGCAACAUGGUGGAGCCGACGCCGCACACGUUCGACGAGGCGCAGCUGCAGAUCUACACGCUGAUGCACCGCGACUCCUACCCGCGCUUCGUCAACUCGCCGCUGUACAAGACGCUCGCGCGCCUGUCCAGCGCCGAGCCGCCGCCGAGCGCGCCGUCUGCAGCCACGGCGCACGCCAACUCCACACCCACCGCGCCCAAUGCGCCCACUGCGCCCACCGCGCCCACUGCGCCCAGUGCAGCCGGCGCGCCCGGUGCGCCCGGCGCGGCCCCCGCGGUGCCGACGCCCGCGGCGUCCCCGGCGCAGCCCGUGUCCCCGGCACAGGCGCAGGCACCGAGCGUGCAGUGACGUCAUCGCACACCUCCUCACGUGUAAAUAGACUCGAUAUACAUUCAUUUAAACGGGUACUAAUUUUGUACAUAGCUAGGUUAAGUGUCUCGAGUAGGAGCGGCGCGCGCCGCCGCGGCCACUUCGCUGGUCCACCGACCCGCGCGCCCCGCGCCCCGCGCCCGCGCCCCGCGUCCGCGCUCGCGCCCCGCGGCCGUUAGUGCGCGUCUAGUUAGAAGCAAUAAAGGUGGACCAAUUAAGUUUGCCGAGGAGUCAACGAAUAAAUCAAUCAGUUAAUGUA